AAAAAAAAAAAAAAAAAAAAAAAAAUUCUCUUUUACAUUUCGAGCCUCCCAACCCCUUGUUUUCUUUCCUUGGGUGGAGUUCAGUCCCAAUCCUAAUAAAGUGCGUUAUCUGCAAAAUUAGGGCUUAGAUUUGGGAAUUUGGAGACUUUAUUUUGUGGUCUAGAUCUCUACAGCUCUGGAAUUUUGGGUUGCCAUCUGAAACUAUUGCGAAUUUGGUAGUUAUGCAGAUUUAGACUUUGACAUAGGUAGGUAGCAGCACAUGGAACAACUAAUCCACAAGUGGGUUUGUUGAUUAUACUGGCUUCAGAAAUUGAAUAUUUAUAGUGGAAGCUGGAUUUCCAUAUUUAUCUGAUUCUUCUCACAUAAUAGUAAGAAUUACACUUUCGUGCAUGUUUGAAGGAGAGAGAUGGAAAAGCCAUCUUCAGGAUGCAGAGGAGCUGAAGCAGUUCUGAAUCUCCAAUCCAACUGUUCAAUUUCUAUUGCAUAUCACCCUCAUUUUGGUUCUCAUAAUGAUAUAAUGCUCCUAGAGAUUGAUGAGAAACUUCUCCCAGAUAUCCUGCACCAAAGGGUAGCUAUAAGAGGGCAACCGGAUGAAGAUUCAGUUCUUUGCACCCAGUCAAAAACUUACGCACUCAAAUUUGUUGGAACUUCCAACUCUGUAUUCCUUAUACCCCCAUCAAAUUACUCAAAAUUCUCUGAUAAUACAGUUGACUGUGAUCAGAAAGAUGAAAAUCAACAAGCUGUCGCGUCUGUCAUUAAAGUUGCUCCUGGUAGCAUGGAACUUACUGAAGUUGCUCCCAGACUGGACAAGCUUAAAUUGCUUCUGUUUGAGAACCCAUACAGGUUUGAGGAGGAUACGGAAAUGGAGGAUUUGGAAGCGACAAACAGAAGGCUGUAUAAAUGGGAUGAUCUUGUUGACAGGGUGCAAGCUAGUGAUGAUGAAUUGAGGUCUGGAUUACAAGCUCUCUCAGCAGUAGAGAUUGAUGGGUUUUGGAGGGUUGUAGAUGAGAAGUACAUGGACAUGAUGCUGAGGAUGCUUCUUCACAGUUCAGUGUUGAAUGACUGGUCUUUGGAUGCACUUAAUGAAGAUGAAGUUGUAAAUGUCUUACAAUCAGAUGGUUUUCCUUGCAAACUGGCAGAACAUUGUUUGCAUGUUUACGGUAGCAAGGUAAACAAUGAUGGGGGCAAAAGCUGCAUGUGGAGGUUGAAUGAGAGGAAAGUAUGUGUGCAUUUUGCUAGAGAAAUCCUGAGAGACAGGAAGAUGAAGAUGGAGAGUUUCAUGGAGGAAUGGAUGCGGAAGAUACCAGAGGGAAUGCAGGCAAGUUUUGACAUGUUGGAAGGUGAAGUUUUGACAGAAAAGCUUGGUGUCAGCGCGUGGGUGCAUGCCUUCAGUGUUUCAUCUCUGCCCUCUUCCCCGGGAGAGCGCUUCUCCAUCCUUUUCAAGGAGAGGCCGAAAUGGGAUUCAAAGGAUCUACAGCCCUACAUCAGGGACUUGAAAGUGCCAGGUCUUUCUUUAGAAGGUUUGCUUCUCAAAUUCACGAGACGAACUCAACCAACCAAGGAUGCCGAACCUGUUUUUAGCGCAAGAUAGAACACCCACUACACAACACUAAAUUCUCUUGCCUAAUUCUAUUGGUAUAGAACUUAAUGCUUUGCACUAGCAAAACUCAAGUUAUUUUAACAGUAUCUUAAGUUCUCUUGCCAAAAAUCUGUAAAACCUAUACUUGAGCUAGUAUAUUUCAUAAUUUAGCGUGAAAAUUACAAAAAAGGUAAACCGAAAGGAUAAAUUAUAAAAUAACUCUUAUAUA